UUCAAAUCCGAUACACUAUUCUGUCACCACACUCUGCCCUUCCUCUUCGAUCGCGCACUUCUCUCGUCAUGAAGACAUUUUCUCUCCCUCAAGCACUUGGCUCCAUUGCUGUGGCUCUAGCUACCUUCAGCUCUGCCAAAGCUGAGUAUAUUGGUUAUGAAAACCCUCUGGCGACGUUGGAUCAGCGCAGUCUUGAUGCGCUGGCCAUCGAGAUUUACCAGAAUAAUAGCUUCAUUGUCCUCAAGGCCGAGGCAAAUGUGGCCUACCAGACUGCUCACGGCCUGCCUAUUAGCGACGAAGCGUCUUCCACUCUCGAUGCGGCGAUCGAAGAAUUAGUCUUCAGUGCCACUCAAAACGCCGUGAAUAACGAUCCAUACUAUCUGAAGGUCUAUUGGGUCGAUGUACCUGGUGGAAAAUAUUUCUAUGACAACCCGGACUGCAUAUACCGCAUCAUUCCAAUUAGUUCCGAUGUCGACUAUAUGGUGACAGGCUAUCGUCACAAACCUGGACCUACGGACGUCAGCUUCUCUCUGAUUAGCGAUCCAAACUCUCAGAACUUUGUCGCUUACCUAGCAGGCAGUAAUCUGGCUGUCAUCGGCGAUGGCUCCUAUACAAUCACAAACAAUAGCUCCCCUGCCGACGGUCAGACAAAUCAAAUCCAGUUCACCACUCCAGCCAAGCACGAUAUCACCGGCCACAGCGCCAUCAGCACUGCUGGAAUUAUCGCUGACGCCAAAUGGAACUUGCAGGAAGCUAUCGUCGACUACGGCGUGGGCACACUGGGACUCAAGACAACAGUCAGCGCGGUAAACACUCUCUCCACCCCCAGCCAAUCCAGCACACUUGGCACUCCGGCGAGCCAGGACAGUUCGUUCGGGCACUUCAAUCUCACCGAUGACGAGGCUCUCGUGGUCACCCUCACGCCUGGUGCGGCGGACUAUUUUGUCUUCCCUGGGACAAACCCUUGGAUGGUCACUGUCGAUCCCGGGAGCAGCCAGAUCAGUCUUAACAACAAGCAGUCCGUAGCCAACGAGAUUGAGGACUACACGUUCGUCGUCUCUGUCACUGACCCGGGCGUCUACAACGAGGUUAAGACUACUGGUCUACGCGAGGGUACAAUCAUGGUGCGCUGGCAGGGACUGAACCCUUCCUCUUCCUCCACCGAAUCUGUUGCUCUCGAGGUUCAGAAAGUCGAGUUAUCUGACCUGGCAUCCGUCAUUCCCAGCAAGACUCGUUAUGUGACAACCCAAGAACGUGCACUGCAGCUCGCGGAUUGCGUUGCUGGCUAUUCACAGGACUGAAUAUUAAGGGUCUGCUGUUUCUGGCGGUUGUAUCAUCCUUUGUCUAGC